CAUCCUGUUCUAAGUACGCAGCCAAGACAGCCAAGAUGGCCGUGGACAGUGAUACGACCGUAGUGCUGGCAGCAUUGGGCCGGCCCUUCAGUCUGGGGAUGCUCUACGACUGUCGCAAUGACUCACUGAUCCCCGCUCUGACACUUUGGGACCGGGAAGCCUUAGAGAAAGAAGCAGACGAAAGACCCCAACCCAACAGUGACUUUGCCAUAGUUGCAUCUGACUCCAUCGAAGACAAAUCAACUGCAUUGAAUGUUGAAGCUUCACUCAAAGCCAGUUUUCUGUCUGGACUGGUUGAGAUAGAAGGCUCUGCUAAAUUCCUCUCAGAUUCUAAGAUUUCCAGAAAUCAGGCUAGAGUGACACUAAAAUACAAAACGACCACCAAGUUCAAAGAGCUGUCAAUGAAUCACAUUGGCAGAGGUAAUAUAAAGCAUCCAUAUGUGUUUGAGUCAGGACAAGCAACACACGUAGUGACAGGAAUCCUAUAUGGGGCACAAGCCUUCUUUGUGUUUGACCGUGAGGUGUCAGAAAAGGAAGAUAGGCAAGUCAUCGAGGGCAAUCUAAAGGUGCUGAUCAAGAAGAUACCCGCCUUGACGAUAGACGGUCAAGGUUCUCUGAACAUGGCAGACACGGACAUUGCAAAUGUUGAGAAGUUCUCCUGCAAGUUCCAUGGGGACUUCAACCUUGAAAAACACCCUGUGUCUUUUAAGGAGGCAAUAGAAGUCUAUCAAAGCCUACCUAAGCUAAUGGGAACCAACGGAGCGAAUGCUGUGCCUCAGAAGGUCUGGUUAAUGCCACUGAAGGCUCUAGAUUCUGCUGCUGCUCAACUGGUUCGACAGAUAAGUGAACGAUUAAUCAGGGAUGCUCAGAAUGUCCUGGAGGACCUCAGUGAGCUGGAAAGGAGAAGCAACGAUGCAGAACGAUGCACAACAGCCCAGCAAUUCCCACAGAUUAACAAAAAGUUAAAGGCUUUCAAAGAGCUGGUUUCUCAGCACAAACUGGAAUUCCAGAAUCAUAUGGCAAGGAAACUCCCAUUGAUCAGAGGAGGAGGAGAGGAGGAAAGUGUUCUCGCAAAGAUCCUGAAAAAAGUACAUUCCUCUCCCUUCAAAAGUGGUGAACUGAAUGAGUGGAUGGAAUGCAAAGAGACAGAAAUCAAAAUCAUCAGCUCUCUGAUUGACAAAAUGCCCAACAUGACGAUUGUCACUAAUCGAAACACUCUGCACCAUGAGAUCCACAGUGAAGAUGUCAGACAUACAGUGUGCUUCGUCUUUACCUCCCUGGAAACCCCAGAGCCAUUCCUUUCAGCUCUGUCAAACUACUUGGAUGAAACCCAACCAGACGAUGUGCCAUGUGCUAAUGAUUUGGAAAAUAAACAAUGGUUCUUCUCCAAUGUAACUUACGAGAAAAUAAAGCUCUUCAAAGAUUUUGCCGUGGCCAACAAGGAGAACAACAGCGUCAGGUUUCUAACAGCUGCAAUAAGAGAUGAUGAGAAGAAAGGUGCAACUCUCCACCUCUACAAGGAUGGAUCCUUAGUCAACAACAACUUUGAACCACCUUCGAAGCCAGAGAUGAUCACAGGUGACGUAACCCAUAACAGUGUAACACUGAAUAUUUCCCCACCUCGAUUUGGGUUAACAACUGUCACCCACUACACUGUUGAGUUCUGUGUCGAUGGAGAUGAUAUUUGGCAUCAACAAAUGGAGAGCAAGGCUGGAGAUGUCACAGUGUCCGGCUUGAAGAUUAAUGAAGAGUAUAAGUUCAGGUGUAGAGCCAAGUGUGCAGUCGGCCUUGGCCCGGCCUGUGACGAUAACGCUUUAAUUAAAACCUUACCUACCAGUCCUCCAGAAAAACUACAAGUGGAACGUUAUCCUACAGAGUUAUCAGUCAGCUGGGAGAAACCAUCUGACCUUGGAUGUGGAGUGGAUAUUGAGCAUUACAUCUUAGAAUAUGCUGAAGCAUCUCCAGAAUUUAAACCUGAAGAGUGUAUAUGGAGCAAACUAACAUUCAAAGCCAACGAGUCACAACAAGUCACAGCUAUUUCUAUGCUGAAGCCUUCAACACGAUACACUCUCCAAGUCAGAUGUGACUGUGGAGUUGCUGGCCUCGGCAAAGAGAAAUCUGUAGUUGUGUGCACAGAAAAGCCACCUGAGGCUGUUAAGAAAGAAGGCAGGAAGAUUACAGGACCCCCAGAUUCUCUGGACGUUCAUACUCUUCCUCUGAAAGCCCAGCCCAUAAAUGUAGAGGGGUGUGAGCGCUUCAUAUUUGGAAAAGACUCUGGGAACAAGAACCGCACCAUCAUGGUUCUAGGAGCCACUGGGGCGGGGAAGUCCACCCUGGUCAACAGGAUGAUCAACUACAUCCUGGGGGUCAAAUGGGACGACACCUUUAGAUUCAAGUUGGCAGAUGAAGGCGCGGCCAAGUCUCAGGCUCACAGCCAGACCUCUGAAGUCACCGUGUACAAGCUCAACCACCGAGAGGGCUUCCAGAUCGACUACUCCCUGACUAUUGUGGACACACCGGGUUUCGGAGACACAGGAGGCAUAGAGAAAGACAGGAUGAUUAGAAGUCUACAAAGGAUUUUCUCAGCUGAACAUGGAGUCAGCGAGAUUGAUGCCAUCUGCUUCGUGGCCCAAGCGUCUCUAGCUUGGCUUACACCAUUACAGAAAUACAUCUUUGAAUCAGUGCUCUCCAUAUUUGGCAAAGAUGUGGCAGAGAACAUCCGGAUUUUGGUGACAUUUGCAGAUGGCACAAAACCUACGGUUCUCGACGCAAUCAAUGAGUCUGCGGUCCCCUGUCCAAAAGAGAAAGAUGGUUUACCAAUUCACUUCAAAUUCAAUAACUCCUUGUUUGCUGACAACAAGGUACUUGGUGCGAACAACAAAAGUGAAGACAAUGACGAUGAUGAUGACGAUGAAGACGGGGACGGAUUUCAUAAAAAAAAUUGGGACAUGGGAACCAACAGCAUGAAAAGAUUCUUUUCUGCUCUGAAUUUCAUUGAGACCAAGAGCUUGACCUUAACCAAGGAGGUGCUCAGAAAGAGAGUUGAGCUGGAGAAUCUCCAGAUUAAGGUGAAAUUGGGCUUAGCUAAACUUGUGGCGAUUAAGCAAGAAUCUGAAAUUCUCCAAACACACGAGGCAGCGAUCACAGCCAAUGAGGAAUUUGAGUAUGAGGUCAUCUUCAUGAAACCUGUUCAAGCUGACAUUUCCAAAACAGGGAAAUACAUCACCAACUGUCAGCAAUGUGAAAAGACCUGCCACUUUCCCUGCUCCAUACCAAACGAUGCUGACAAGAGUCGUUGUAGGGUCAUGGGACCAGACGGCAACUGCACACAAUGUGAGAACAAGUGCCAUUGGAUGUUGCAUUUCAACCAAAAGUAUCACUGGGACUACGAACAGGUGACGGAGAAACGGACCUACAAGGACCUGAAAGAAAAGUAUGAAAAGGCCUCAGAGAAAGCAAUGUCCGUUGUAGAUGUCAUCAAAAAGAUGGAGCUGGAGUACGACCUCCUACAGGAGGAGGUGGUUAGGCUGAAGGAGUGCUCAGCCGAGUGUCUCAACACCCUGAAGGAGAUCGCUCUGAAGCCCAAUCCACUCUCAACACCUGAAUACAUUGACCUGAUGAUAGAGGGAGAGAAGUCAGAAGCCAAGCCUGGCUACCUGGAGCGCAUCGAGAAACUACAGCACAUGAGGGAGAAGGCGGGGAAGGAAAUUAUAAUGAAUAAUACAUUUUAUUUUUGCCGCCUUUACCCAAGGUCUCCUUACAUAGAAUAAAAAGCAUAAGAUAACAACAACAAAGCAUCAAAUAACAGCAUCAAACAUAAUUAAAACCAAACAUCGAUCACUGGUCACUGUAGUGCAGUCACCAGUCAUAGUGAGUAUGCAGAUUUGGAGGUGGCCAGCGGAGCCAAACUGCUCUAGAUGUGGGGGCAUGAUAGUCCAGCGGUUUGUACCUCUACCAGCGGAAAGGGACUGGGUCCAUUUAAUAACAUGUGCUUGACAUAUAAAAGCUUUAUCUCUGAUUUAAUAGCAAGGAUGCUGUUGAUAAAAAAAUUAGCAGUAGAUAGAAAUUAAACAUGUUGGGAAAAAUGUUUUGUUUUUAAACUUUCUUAGUUUAUUGGAUAUUUGCAGAGUAUAUUGCAUAAAACACUUUAUGAGAAUGCAUUUUUCUAAUUAAAAUAGAGGCGCUUUCGUCUUUGCUGCACUGGUUUGUUUAGCUCAGAUGCUGUGCGCUGACCCCCCCCCCCCCCCCCUUCUCUUCUCGUUAAUCUGGACCUGACAACCUGGCUGAGAUAACAUUGAGUGAGACUUCUGUGACUCGCACACUCUCCCGAUGUUGAAAUAAAAAUAUAAUGAGGAGUUUAAAACCCUGAUUUUGUUUCGGUUGUUCUGCUAUUUAUAUGCUUGGCCGCACUCCCCACUCCAGCUGAAACACAGAGUGUAUUGACUUACUGUUUCUUUAUUUUUCAAGUUAAUUGUGCAAAUUCUUAUGUGUGCUUUUCACACACUUCAACACAUUGGAUUAUGCCUUUGAUGUACUUUCAUCAUGAGAUAAAUACAUUUCUUCU